AAUUGGUUGUGACUUGUCGGCGGAAGCGGGGUGUUGGGUGAGCAAUUCAACGCACUCGAGAUGUGCCAAAAAAAAUUACGCCAAAGAUAAAAUAAUCGCGCUAUACAUUUCUUUCACUCGAUACCAUGUCCGAACGCCGUCAUGAGGAACGGCAAACUGUGCUAACUACUGUGAAAGGAAAGCAAGUUCCAUACAAAGAAAUGCCGUUUUACGGCGAUUGUCGCGAUGUGGAGGAUUUCGAAAAACUGAACCGAGUCGGGGAAGGCACCUACGGUGUUGUCUAUAGGGUGAAAGACAGUAGAUCAGGAAAAGUGGUGGCCUUGAAAAAGAUUCGCAUGGAACGAGAAACUGAUGGGGUGCCUAUAUCGAGCUUACGAGAGAUCAGUAUAUUAAAACGAAUGCGACAUCAGAACAUCGUCAAUGUCACGGACGUCGCUGUUGGCGGUAAACUGGAAUCGCUUUUCCUCGUCAUGGAGUAUUGUGAACAGGAUCUCGGAACGUUGUUGGAUAUGGUACCAACACCGUAUACCCCUUCAGAAAUCAAGUGCCUUAUGCUCCAAUUACUGCGAGGGCUGGAAUAUUGUCACGAUCAUUCUAUAAUUCAUCGAGACCUGAAAAUGUCGAAUCUAUUAUUAACAUCUACUGGCUUACUGAAAAUCGCUGAUUUUGGGUUAGCACGAACAGUAAGUUUACCGGGCAAGCCAAUGACGCCGAACGUGGUAACUUUAUGGUAUCGGUCACCGGAGCUCCUGUUUGGUGAAUCCAAUUACACAACAGCAGUGGAUCUCUGGUCAGCGGGAUGUAUUAUGGGAGAGUUGAUGCAACACCGCCCACUGUUGCCCGGGAACAACGAACAAGCGCAACUAGAUUUGAUUGUCAAGUUACUGGGCACGCCGAAAGAAACGAUAUGGCAGGGUUUCAUGAAACUGCCCCUGGCCAAAUCACUCAUAUUACCAAAACAAGAUUACAAUAACAUUAAGAUUGUCUUUCCACGUUACAGCGAAAAUACCAUCAAGAUGCUAGCUGGAUUUCUCACCUACAGUCCUCGAUCACGACUGACCGUCCGCCAAGCCCUUCUCCAUCCUUAUUUCUCCGAAUCCCCACGAGCGGCCGAUCCAUCCCUUUUGCCCACAUAUCCCGAAAUUCGCAACCAUUUAUCCGAAAAGGAAAAGGGACGACGGAUACAGGAAGAUGAGCGGAAAAAACGAUUGGCGCAUGCUGAGGAUAUUGGAGCGGACAGCAGUCUCUUGGCAUUGCAGAGCAAAAAGAAAAAGGUCAAACUAUCAGGCAAAGAGUAAUUUUAAUCAGCA